ACCUUGCUCUCAGCCUUACGACGAAGUAGUAAUAGAACUGGAAAACAACAAAAGAUGCGGCUGCGACUGAAAUACACUCCCAGAUGUGCUGCCGGUGAUGCGCUUUCCUCGAUGUUGCUGUCGUGGCCGCAGACGCUGCAGUGCCUUCUCGCUCGUCGGUCUUUCGCCAGCCGCUAUCGACAGCGCCAAGCCCCGUGAUCAAGGUCGCCCUCAUUCAGUGCAUGGAAGCCCCUCCAUGCCGCCCAAGAUUCCAGCCUGCUCCCCGAUUUCAUCUGUUUCAGCACAUCCUCCCCACGUCUUCUACUUUGUAUAUCAUGUUGCUGUCCACCAGGUGUGCCAUACGGCUUCACGACAUCUACAUAAAACAUGCGAAGCAAUACCACCGCUACCUUGCCGAAGUCCACCCUGCCCCUUGGAAGCAACAGAGAAAGCACUUCUCAGCAGCAGACCAUAGCAACUCUGGGAGGGCGAUAUUCAGACCACAAUAACGGAAUACACCAAGAGAUGAAUCUUGGCUGACCCGGACACUGAUCUUGUUGUGAUUCAACUGAGGUCGUCGUAAUCAUCGCUUGUCGUGAGCAUUCGCACGCUGCGACGAGCCAGGCAAACAUGCAC